CACGUGCCAAAACACCGUCAAAAUUGGGUACCCAAAUUGCUUUGACCAUAAACCAACGGAGAGCUUAAAAACGCGUCCACCCCGUCCGAUUCCUCGCAGAAGCUGCAAAAUCAAACCCUAGAGGUUCCACUCCUGUCUGAUUGUAGUAUUAAGUCCAAAUAUGUUGGAGCACUUACUGAUAUUUACAAGAGGGGGACUAAUUCUCUGGACAUUUAAAGAGCUGGGGAAUGUUCUUAGAGGUUCACCUGUUAACACCUUGAUUCAAUCCUGCCUAUUGGAGGAACGUUCAGGUGCUGCGUCAUAUAAUUAUGAUGCCCCAGGUGCUGCAUAUACUCUGAAAUGGACAUUUCACAAUGAACUGGGACUCGUCUUUGUUGCUGUGUAUCAGCGGAUCCUCCAUCUUUUGUAUGUGGACGAUCUGCUUGCUAUGGUUAAGCGAGAAUUCUCUGAGAUAUAUGAUCCAAAGCGGACAGUAUACGAUGAUUUUGAUGAUGUAUUUCGGCAGCUGAGGAAAGAGGCUGAGGCUAGGGCCGAAGAAAUGAAGAAACCAAAGCAGGGGAGUCAACUUAUAAAUAAUAACAUUGCUAGGAAGCAGGGGCAGUUGCAGAAGUCCAGACUUCAGGGAGGCAAUAACAAAAAAAGCAGCAGUGAAUCUGGGAAUGAUGGAGGGGAUGAUGAAAAAAUAAAUGGUCACAGAACAAAAAAGGGUCAUGCCAAUGGCAACCAUGUUGUAGCUAAUGGUGUACACACAAUAGAUGGUCGUAGUAAAGAGAAUGGGAGCGCCAACACUGGGGCUUUUGAUGUAAAUAAGCUACAGAAACUAAGAACUAAAGGUGGGAAGAAAACUGACAAUGUUAAAAAUAGUUUGAAAGCAGAGCCAAAGAAAAAAAUAACAAAAAAGAAUAGAGUUUGGGAUGAUUCACCUUCAGAAUCAAAAUUGGAUUUUACAGAUCCGGGGAAUGAGAAUGGAGAUGAGAAUAUAGCAGUUGUGGCGGCAGAGGAAGGUGAGAGUUUGAUGGACAGAGAUGAGACUAUUAGUAGUGAAAGCGAAACUGAAGAAGAGGAGGAAGCUGGCAUGGACACUAAGAGUGAAACAAAGAAGAAAGGGUGGUUUUCUUCCAUGUUUCAGAGUAUUGCUGGGAAAGCUAACUUGGACAAGGCAGAUCUAGAACCAGCUUUGAAAGCUCUUAAGGACAGACUCAUGACCAAGAAUGUGGCUGAGGAGAUAGCUGAAAAACUUUGUGAAUCUGUAGCAGCAAGCUUGGAGGGUAAAAAGCUGGCUUCUUUUACAAGGAUAUCUUCAACAGUGCAGGCAGGCAUGGAAGAGGCCCUUGUCCGUAUUUUAACUCCUAGGCGUUCGAUUGACAUUUUGAGAGAUGUACAUGCUACCAAGGAGCAAAGGAAACCGUAUGUUGUGGUUUUCGUUGGAGUUAAUGGAGUUGGGAAAUCCACAAAUCUUGCUAAGGUUGCUUACUGGCUUCUGCAGCAUAAUAUCAAGGUCAUGAUGGCUGCUUGUGAUACAUUCCGAUCUGGAGCUGUUGAGCAGCUGCGGACUCAUGCAAGAAGACUCCAGAUCCCCAUUUUUGAGAAAGGUUACGAGAAAGAUCCUGCUAUUGUAGCAAAGGAAGCAAUUCAAGAGGCCACUCGGAAUGGUUCAGAUGUGGUUCUUGUUGAUACAGCUGGUAGAAUGCAGGAUAAUGAACCAUUGAUGAGAGCACUGUCAAAGCUUAUCGACCUCAACAGUCCAGAUCUUGUCCUGUUUGUUGGGGAGGCACUGGUUGGAAACGAUGCUGUGGAUCAGUUGUCAAAGUUCAAUCAGAGAUUGGCAGACCUUUCGACUUCUCCAAAUCCCAGGUUGAUUGAUGGAAUCUUGCUCACUAAGUUUGAUACCAUCGACGACAAGGUUGGAGCAGCACUGUCAAUGGUUUACAUAUCAGGAGCACCAGUAAUGUUUGUUGGUUGCGGACAGUCCUAUACAGACCUGAAGAAGCUCCACGUGAAGUCCAUUGUCAAGACCCUCCUUAAAUGAGAGUCUUACUUCCCAUUACCAUUAGCCUUCCAUUUGUUCCUGAACUCUGUUGAAGAAAUGUCUGUGUGUUCAUGCUACCAGUCUCUAUACUCUACCCCCCAUGUAAUCUCGUUAAUUAUCAUGAUUUUGGAGGUGAAUUAUUAUUA